UGAAUUUGAAAUACCGAUUAGUAAAUAUUUUUUAGUUAUUUUUCUAUGUAAAUGUAAAAAAAUAAAUGAUAUACCAUGGGCAUAAAAGGUUUAUGGACAGUGUUAACUCCCUUUAGCGAGAAAAAAUCAUUGCAUGAGAUAAGAGGAGAAACUAUAGCAGUAGAUCUGUCUGGAUGGAUUUGCGAUAGCCAGAAUGUUACAGACUAUUAUGUACAACCAAAAUUGUAUUUAAGGAAUUUAUUUUUUAGAACAGCUUACUUACUCUUAGCAGAUAUAAAUCCAAUUUUUGUGUUGGAAGGAGAUGCACCUGAGCUGAAGCGCGAUGUUAUGGCGGCUCGGAAUGCCAUUCAGUUCCGUGGAGCUGCACCACGCUCUGAAAAUGCAACUAAGAAAAGACCUGAUGUGGGUCGCAAGAGGUUUAAGGGUGUACUGAAAGAAUGUGAAUCACUUCUAAAAUGUAUGGGGGUGAGAUGUGUCAAGGGCAGUGGAGAAGCGGAAGCCACUUGUGCACAGCUGAAUGCGCAAGGUUUGGUAGAUGCCGUAGUAUCUCAAGACUCUGAUUGCUUCGCGUACGGGGCUCGGCGCGUGUAUCGCAACUUUAGCGUGUCGCACGCGGCGGGCGGAGGCGCCAUGGCUGGCUCGGUCGACUGCUACGAUGCUGACUCCAUGUUUCGGAGCAAUGGUUUCGGCCGUAACAAAAUGGUGGCGCUUGCUCUGCUCUGCGGCUGCGACUACGGCGUCGGCGCAUGCGGCUCCUCCGUCACCACUGCAGUGUCGUUCCUGCACACUAUUGCGGAUACUGACGCUAUACCCAGGUUACUGUCCUGGGUGAGCGAGCCGGCUCACUACGAGGAGCGCAGCCGCUGGGCCGCGGCGCCCGGGCGCUGCGACCGCUGUGGCCACGUCGGCCGCACUCACGCCAAGAAGGGCUGCCCCGUCUGUAACACGCACCAUGGAUGUAGCGACUUGGGACAUAAGGCUAAAGUAGCAGAAGUAAAACGGGAGUUGUCUCUACGAAGCAGAGCGUUGUCAUGUGGCAUGCCCUUUCCAGAGCCAAAGGUUAUGAAAGAAUUCUUGAAGACCACUCCGGAGAAGAUAGACCUUGAGAGCUUGAAGACUUCUACACCUAGUUUGAUUCAGUUUGUGAAAAUAAUGUCCAAUAAGUUGGACUGGUCGGAACGGUAUUGCGUAGAGAAGUUUCUGCCGUUACUGACCAAGUGGCAUUUACAAGACUAUGUUCCUGUUAGAACUAUCAGGCCUACUAGGAUUAAAAAGAAAAGAAAUCCCAGAGGUGUGCCGAGUUACGAGGUGGUAUGGGACGACAUCGACGGGCAGUAUGAAGCUUUAAUACCAGACGAUCAGUUCGAAGAUGGUGAAGAUCGAACGCUUCCGUGGACUUCGACUGAACGACAGGAUUUGAUGAAACAGUAUUAUCCACAACUAGUUGAAUCUUACGAGGAAUCAGUCAAGAAGCCGGCCAAAGAGAAGAAAACUCGUGGCAGAAAAAAGAAAGAUGGAGAAACGGAUAAACCGAAACGAAAAUAUACAAAGAAAGUUAAAAAUUCUGAUGUCGUUGUGGCUAAUUUGAGUACAUCGAUGAAACAUUUGAAUAUCUCAACAAAUGUUCCUGACGUAAAUAUCAGCAAAGCGAACGUGAGCGUUUCUGUGAAUAAAUUGAAACGAAAAUUAAAGAGUAAGAAAGGACAAAGAACGAUAGACAGUUUUAUUGUUAAUAAAAGAAGGAAAUCUAGCAAGACAUCAAUACAAUCGUUAAAACAUAGUUUCAAAAAUGUGACAUUAAAUUUUGACGACCCAGAGCCGAAAUAUCUAGACAAAGAGUAUAACAAGGAGAGUCAACAUUUACUCAGCACGUUGGAUACAAGUGAGGGUGAUAUUAAUGAGAGGGACCUGUCAGAUAUAGUCGACCGGAUCGUUACCAGCGCGCCCGUCACCAAAACUGCCAAAGUGGACAAUAAUCUUUACAAGCUUGUCUUCGAGAAAUAUUCAACGCCAAAGAAAACAGUUCGAAAAAGCGUUUUAAGGGAGAUAUAUUAUAAUUGUUCGACCCCAAGAGAGAGCCCAAUUCGGAGGGGUAGUUUGAAACUUUGUGCUAAUGUUUCGAAUAAUUCCAUAACGUGCAAAGUGAAUACGAGUUAUUUCUUCGACAAACUAACCGAGGAUCGUGACGCUUUCGAAUUGUCUAUGGAAUACAAACACAAAAGUGCUGUCGUUAUAAGUUUAGACUGUGACGCAACAGUUGAUUAUAGUUUGCCAGACGUACGUCUGUAGAGUCUGUGGUUGAUAAAUGAUUCAAUUAACUGUUUAAAGUGGUUUAAUUCGUUGACAUACUCUGAAUAAAGCAAUGCGUAGAUA